CGGAACAUGUUUAAAUCUCAAAGGUGUCAGCUGGGUUAAGUUGACUAUCCGUGUGUGCGCCUUGGGGUGUGGACAGAGUCGCAGCACACGCUGACGUGUAGACAGCAGAUAGCCUUAAUAACAACAUGAGUUGUCAAACCGCAAGACAGCUGUAGCCCACUUCCAGAGAACGUCUUUGUGUAACAGUUCCUCGUCUGUGCUCAGAAGCCCAGCAUGGCAGCGCAAGGUGUUUUCCGCUGGAUGCAAGCCUACGUGGUCAUGCUGUACUGCUUCACCGAAGCCCUGUCCGCCGCCUCAGAGUCCAGCAGAAGUUACUACGCUACUCUCAGUGUUGAGCCAUCAGCAAGUGACAGCCACAUUAAGAAAGCUUUCCGCAAGCUGGCCAUAAAAUACCACCCAGAUAAGAACAAGAGCGCCGAUGCAGAGAAGACUUUCGGAGAGAUUGCUGAAGCCUACAGAGUGCUCUCCAACAAGGAGAAGAGGAAGCUGUACGACUUUGUGGGCCACGAGGCUUUUCUAAAUGACGAGGCCUCUGUUGACCAGGACCAUGAACAUGAGACAAUGAGCUUCCACUUUGGUUUUGAAGACCUCUUCGAUGAUAGUCCCUUUGUGGAGGAGCCAUUCCUCCACUGGACCUUUGCUCAGGAUGGGGAGGAUGAGAAUGGUCUAUAUAACCAUUACGGCGUAGAAGACAAUGGCCACAGCUUUUAUUUUGCAGAUGAUGAAGAAGAAGAAGAUGAGUACUACUACUAGAUGUUUAGCACCUUUGACCCUGUAUCCUGUGUCUGUUUUAGUGUACUGACUUUUUAAAAAAAAUAAUAAUAAAGCCUCCAUAUUGUUUUCACAGUAUCUGUGUCUUGUAUUCAGUUUGUAGAAAUUCAGCUAAAUAGAUAUUUAAUGUGUUUUUAAAGCGCUGCAUCGACAGGCACGUGGCUCUGAACUGCUUACGGCUAUUCCUCUGUUAAACAAUCACUCAU